UGCGUUUACCUUCGACGAUGUUUGGUCCUCCGCAGCUACCAUACUGAAGAUUUCUCUUGUCGAAGUUGAAGAAGCAUGGGACCAGUUUAUGCAUUCAAAACUUAAUUUGUCUGUUUAUGAACAUCGCCAGCAAGUCAUUGGUGACACUAAUGAUUUCUGCUGUGGAUGUCUGCACGAGUUCUAAGCAGACGUUUUGGUCGCCUCCACCUUCAUGCCUCCCCCAGGCGAGCGGUUGCCUCCGUUAGAGGCCGCAGCUGUCAGUCUGACAUUGGUGGGGAGCAGGAGAAACAGGAGGCGGACAAUGAGGAGGGAGCCCAGUGGUUGCGUCCUGCGGGGGAGUACACGCUGCUGUAUAACCCCUCUGCCUACUGUCGGCCUACAGUACGGAAGUCAGGCCGCCAGGGUGACGCAGAGUCACCCCAGCUUAGCCUUGUUCCUGCUCCCCGGCAGAUGAGCAACAUUUACAGCAUCAGUUCGUCCCGACACCUCUCUAUCUCCAAGAACACCCUACUGGAUCUUGCCUUCGGCAGAGAUGAAGGUGCUAAAGACAAGGCAGCUACACCUCCGCCCUCCCAAGACGUUCCGUCGGACGUCCAGGUGGACCCUCGCGCUUUCCAGCUGUGCCGAUCUGAGUACCGCAGUUUCACACAUGACCUUUCAUCGCGGCCACCCGCCCUCCCAGCAAAGGAAGCCUCCCUGAUCCUGCACAAAGUGACCAUGCUCAAGGGCAGCAUGACCCCCACAGACAUCACCCACUUCCUCUGCACCCUGGGCACCCUGCCUGCCCAGCAGACCCUGUCGAUCCGCGGCGACUCACGCUUCUACAUGCUGCUGCGCUAUAGCGUGGAGUCACUGCAGAGCUUCACCAACACCCAGCUGCUGGACGUGCUGCGGGCCUUGGUGCUGAUAGACCUGUCCCCCUCCCACAGCAUGCUGGAGCUCUACGAGGUGGAGUUUGCGAACAGGGCGGCCGGGCUGGAGUUCCACCAGCUGCUGCUGGCCGCCGACCUGUGGCGCUGCCUGGGCCGCACCGUGACCCGAUACCUGGAUCGGCUGUACGACUGCCUUAGCGCGCACUACGGCCAGAUCGGCCCACCGGAGCUCGUGGAGCUGGUCUACCUGAUCGGCGAGGGCAGGAAGUUCCCGGCCCCGCUGGUCCAGCCUCUGGAGUUUUUGCUGGUGCGCCACCUGGACAGACUCCUCCCAGAGGAGGUGGGCGUCGUGUGCCUGGGCCUCUUCAAGGCGCAGAGCGGCCUGAGUGUCGGGGCGGUGCGGCGGCUGGUGGACCAGGCCCUUGCCCUGGUAGGGCAGAUGAGUGACUUUGCGCUGGUGAACGUCAUGAAGCUGCUGCGCUUCAGCCACCUGGACCACCUGGCCUGGCUGGAGGCCAUGGGCACCGAGAUACCCCGCCGCGCCCCAGGGAUGGGCGUCCAGGGCCUGAUGCAUGUAGUGCUUGCUUGCGGCGCCCUGCAUUAUCACAACGACCGCAUCCUCCUCGCCGUCGCGAGGCGCGUAUCAGACAUCGCGCCCCACUGCAGGAGCAAGGACGCCUGCAAGAUGCUGUGGGCUUUCGGCACCCUGGGCGUCCGCCAGAAGCAGUGCCCUGACAUGUACUCCGCCCUCACAGAGGUGCUGCGCCAGCGCGAGGCCGAGUUCCAGCGCUACCCGGAGCACCUUCUCACCGCUCUGCUGGGCCUGGCGUUCGCCGGCCAGUUCCCGCAAGACCUGCUGAGCAGAGCCCUGAGCCCUGACUUUGUGAAAAGGGCGUCAGCGUCCCAGCAGCUGGAACUGAGGAAGGACCUGUUCACGCUGGACGGCACCGUGGGGCUGGAGCUGCCCCAGUGGACCGGGCCGAGGCUGAGCCGGGCCGUGAAGGAGGAGGUGACGCGGCUGCUGUGGGACUUCGCCCAGGAGGACGUGUGCCGGAAACCGGAAGUGCUGGAGGCCGAGGUCGUCCUGCGGGAGCUGCUGGGCGGAGAGCAGUUCGUUCGCAAGCACAUGAUCCUUCCGCACACGCGGUCGAUUGAUCUGGAGGUGCGCCUCGACCCCAGAGGGCAACCGCUGCCGGUCGUCUCGGAGGAAAGCCUCAACGUCGAUCUCACCCAUGCCACAGAUAAGUCCUGGGAACAGGGGCACAGCGGGGUUACCCUUACCGACGACCUGCUCGCACAGCUGACAAACACGCGGAAACGUCCAGAACAAGCACCCUCGCCUCCGCCCCCUCUACUGCGCAACAUCGUGGUGGAAGGCGAGCGCGAGGGGGUGUUCAGCAUCGGGGUUGAUCUGACUGACGGGCUCCUGGGCUCCAUGACGAAACCCCGCUGCCACCAGACCUCGCCGACCCGGAGGUCCGAGCGGACGACCACGCGCAUCGCUGUGCAGGUGUCCAACAGGAAUCACCACUGCUACCGCUCACAGCAGCUCCUGGGUUUCCACGCGCUGAAGCGCAGGCAGCUGACUCUGGCCGGGUACCACGUUGUGGAACUGGCCCACUGGGAGUGGUUCCCUCUUCUGCGACGUUCUCGCGCAGAGAAACUGGCCUACCUGCACUGCAAGAUUUUUGGGAGUCAGAAGGAUUAACCGUGUCAGUUUUUUUUCUUGUUACAUUCUUGCCGAUUGUAAUGGAAUGAAAUAAAUGUUGCCUUAUGGACAAUCAACAAUCAUGAGAGUAGUCCUGCUAUGUAAUUAAUUACGGUUCACGGUCACUGUUCACUGCUAGUCGAUUCUGUUAGCUGGCUGUUGAAGCCAUUUUUCAUUGUGUUACUGAAUGUAUUGUAUUGCUGUUAGUUUACCCAUCUACUAAGAUGUUAAAGUAAUGUGCAACGGCGAGCCAAAACCAUAAUUAAGUUUGUGUACGUGGUGUCUUGAUUGGUUUUACAUCAUUCAUAUUAAGUCAUGUUCACUGCAUUCUCUAAUUAGCUUUGCCCUUUUGUUCAGACGGAUGCAGGCAGAAUAUUCAUGAGUUGUCCGAUGUCUUCCUUUUUCAGCGAGACGUUGACACGUAGUUGAACUUGAUGCCAAUAAACUGGACCAUUUUUUUUUUAAUUAAGACAAUAA